UCUUCUCAUUUAGGAAGGAGGUGUGGAUCAUGGACCCAGCCACGGAUAUGUAUUACUACUGGUUGCUCACAAUAGCUGUCCCAGUGUUCUACAAUCUGAUGUUCCUGGUGGCAAGGUUUGAAUUCAUGUAUUUAGUAUCUUCUCUUAUCGUUGUUAGUGUUCAUGGGUCUCAGUCAUGGUUUGUUUCCAUACAGAGCUUGUUUUAAUGAGCUACAGUUUCAAAAUUCAACACUCUGGCUGGUUUUGGACUAUGUGUCAGAUGCCCUCUACUGCAUGGACAUCUUUGUGAGAGCCAGGACAGGUUUUCUGGAGCAAGGACUUCUUGUAAAGGACGCAAAGAUCCUGAAGGAAAAGUACAUGAAGACACCCCAGUUCAAGUUAGACAUGUUAUCAGUGAUUCCUACUGACAUUGUUUUCUUCUAUAUCGGAAUCAACAACCCAGAGUGGAGGUUCAACCGGCUGUUUAGGUUAGGCCGUCUCUUUGAGUUCUUCGACCGGACUGAAACGCGAACCAAUUUUCCAAACAUCUUCCGAAUCGCUAAUCUUGUACUUUACAUCAUCAUCAUCAUCCACUGGAAUGGGUGCCUGUACUUUGCCGUCUCAAAAAUACUUGGUUUUGGGUCAGACACAUGGGUCUACCCCGGGCCGAAAAAACCAGAGUUUUCUCAGCUGUCCAGACAGUACAUUUAUUCCUUUUACUGGUCCACUCUUACCUUGACCACUAUUGGUGAGACACCACCGCCGGUCCGAGACGUUGAAUACUUUUUUGUCGUGGUUGACUUUCUUACUGGGGUUUUGAUCUUUGCAACAAUUGUUGGAAAUGUUGGAGCCAUGAUCUCCAACAUGAAUGCUGCACGUGUAGAGUUCCAGGCGAAGAUCGACUCUAUCAAGCAGUACAUGCAAUUUCGAAAGGUCACUAAAGACUUGGAGGCGAGGGUGGUGAAGUGGUUUGACUACCUGUGGACUGAGGGGAAAACCUGCGAUGAAAAGCAGGUGUUAAAAAAUCUGCCAGACAAGCUGAAGGCAGAGAUAGCCAUUAACGUACAUCUGGAAACCCUAAGAAAAGUGCGCAUCUUUCAAGACUGUGAAGCUGGUUUGCUUAUUGAGUUGGUCCUGAAGCUUCAGCCUCAAGUUUUCAGUCCUGGGGAUUACAUCUGUAAGAAAGGGGAUAUUGGUAGGGAAAUGUAUAUCAUCAAAGAAGGAAAGCUCGCUGUAGUAGCAGAUGAUGGUGUUACCCAGUUUGUGGUCCUUAGUGACGGAGCUUAUUUUGGAGAAAUCAGCAUCCUUGGGAUCAAAGGUAGUAAGGCAGGUAACCGAAGAACAGCUAACAUUCGAAGCGUGGGCUAUUCUGAUCUCUUUGCCCUGUCCAAAGAUGAUCUCAUGGAGGCACUAACAGAGUAUCCUGAUGCUAAGAAUGCUCUGGAGGAGAAAGGAAGGGCCAUUCUGAUGAAAGACAAUCUCAUAGAUGAGUCGCUUGUCGCUGCUACCGAUGCUAAAGACUUGGAGAACAAAGUCGAUCAGAUUGAAGCCAGUUUCGAAAUCAUGUCAGCAAAAUUUCGAAAGCUGACAAAUCAAUACGAUUCCUCUCAGCGUAAACUCAAGCAGCGCCUCAGUAAUUUAUCAAACCAGUUCAGAAGCCUCAGAGUAGAUGAGUAGAGGUUGGCCAUCAGUACUACAUAGGGAGUGUCUUCUUUACAGGGACUAGAACACUGCAUCCGCUCAGUACUUCCAAAGAUGCAAAAAUAAUAAGACUGCCCUCAAACAAUGUUUCCACACAUAGACAACAACAACGGGUCGUACCACCACGUGGAUCAUUAUGUCUUUUCUUGUGUUAGUGAUAACAAUAACAGGCUGCACGCGAUGAUCAGAAACAUGUGGAGGGACAAACCUGGAAUAAAAGCAAAGACAAAGCUGCCACCAAUCAACAGCAGCAGUCAAGCAGGUUCUAAAGGAGCACUACUUUAGCAUCGGUGUGAGCAUCCAACCAAUACUGGUGGGAAACGUUUUCUUUACUACUCUGCCCAGAAUCCCAGAGCGGCUCGUUCAGCAACGACACCAUGACCUGGGCUUUGCACAUACAGGACCUUCUCCUAUUGUGAUCAGAAUAACUCUUCUGAAGGACGCAAUUAGUCAAAAGAAUUCUAAAAAGGACCUUUGAUGAAUAUUUUCUACAUUCAUUUAGAAGAACAAGACCACACCGACAAGUUUCAGUUCUGGUCAUUAAAGUGCGAGAGAGCGAUUUGAAACUGCAACCAGAUCUGGAGAUUUAACAGCUGCUCUUUGUUGCUGCUUCGCCUCUGUGUGUUGAGAUGACUGACAGUUUUAUGCCAGAUGCAACCUUGAACGGAUUCGUGUCUGCAGCUGGAAUCAAGCUGGUAACGGUUUUCUUGCUCUUAACUGACCGCCUCAUCCUUCAGCACAGCUGCAAACUGCUGUGCUGAUAUUUUUGACAACAGUUUUUUUCUAAAGCUCAGGCAGUCUUUACCAUGAUGAACAUAGAUCAGGAGGUUCCACUGGAACAUAUCUGCUGAAUGGGCCUCUGUACACCUACACAAAUAUUAUAAAAGCAUUUCAAAAUAUGUAUCAUCAAAUUUUUUAUUUUAAAUAUAAAGAAAUGUGCUUUCUGUAAAUAAAUUUAAAAAUAAUAAAGUGACAAUAAACUCUUGAAAAGUGGUUUAUCCUUUCCCCUGAAACAUGCUCCAAAGCCUCAAUCCGAGCAGACUUUAAUUUCACUGAGUCAUGUUAGCAGAAGUAGGGCCAUGCAGACUGCACAUGUUGGUACAUCUGCCCUAACUUUAAGCCUCAACAAACAAUAGACACCAACUGUUUUUACAAGUCAUUUUCACAUCUGAAAUUGGAGUCUGUGGGGAAUGACUACAGGAGCUGCAGUUUUUGGCACUUCCACGCAGGCUUCAGUUUGAAGUCCAGGGUUUAUGAUUUCCAUUUCUGCUUUUAUAUUCAACAUUUGAUCAGUUAGGCUCCUGUGAACGAUCUUAGUCAGCAUGAAGGAACACGAAUGUGCACGAGGCAGUGAAAGCUUAGAUUCCAGAGCUCUGCAGGUGUCACUGAGGAAGCAUCUACUGCAAGCAUGAGCAAUUUCAGUUUAGUAAGCAAAAAGAGUUUGCACGCUUUAUUUCAAAGAAAAUAAGUUUUGUUGUUCCAAAAUAUUAAAGUGCAAACCAAAGAAUUGUUUCUUU